AUGCUCCUGCUAAAACUAGAAUUACUGAUUUAUUAGUGUAAAUGCUUCUAAAGAAGAAAUUUCCAAACAAUUUGUUAGAGAAUAAAACAUUUCAAAUAGAAGGGACUUUUAUUCUUAUAAAAAAGUGAACAAAUAAAAGGUAAAACAAUAAUAUAUUUAUUCAAGAAAAUUUUAUACAUAAGAGAUUAUAUUUAUCAGGAAAUGAUAGUUUAAGAAAAAAAUCGCUCAAUCUAAGUGUAAUUGAGGGAUAAAAUUAUAACCAAAAUCAAUCUUAGCCAUAAAUUCUUUAAGAAUCAUUUUAUAUUGAAAAUAAUGAUAUUGAUUGCUAAAACUAAUAUGGUAUUCUUUAAAUAUCAUUAGUUAAUACAUUAAUUAACCAAGGAACUUAUGAUGAAGCUAUUUAAAUUUGUAAUAAUGCAAUAUUAAAAUAUAAGUAAAAUGCUGUUUUUUUAAAAAAUAAAGGUAUAUAGUUUAAAUUAUUCAAGCUAUCAUAUUAUUUAAAUAAAGUAAAUAUGAAGAAGCCCUUUACGAAAGCGAUUAAGCAAGACUACAAGAACCUUAUAAUGAAGAUCAUUAUAUUAAUAUAAGUACAAUUCUAAUUCAAUUAAAUCAAUUUGAACUUGCAUUAGCAUAUUGUGAUCAUGCAAUUUAAUUAAAUCCAAUUGGAAUUGAUUAAUAUAUUAAUAAAGGUUGCUGCAAAUGAGUAAUUUUAGCUUUAGCAUUACAUAAAUUGCAAUAUUUUGAAGAAGCUCUAAAAAAUCUAAACUACGCCAUUUAACUAGACCCCUUCAAAGUUUACGCCUAUUAACAAUAUGGUAAACUUUUUUAUAAAAUACAAGCAAACAUUUUAAUUGAUUGCAGUCGUUUUUUAGAAGCUAUAAAUAUAAUUGAUUCAGCAAUAUAAAUAGAUCUAUAAAAUGAUGUAAGUUAUAGUAUUAAAGGUUGUUUUAUAAACAAUUAUUUUAAGCAUUUGCAUUAAAGGGAUUAAAUCUUAAUGAAGAAGCAUUAUAGAAUUAUGAUCUUGCUAUUUAAAAAAAUCCCUUAAUUACUAAAAAUUAUAUAAAUAAAGGUAUUAAUAGAUUCUGAAUGUGUAGGAAUUGUUUUAGAAAUUUUAAAUAGAUUCUAUGAAGCUUAAGAAUAAUUUUUAAAAGCAAUUUAAUUAGAUUCUAAUGAUUUUUAAAUCUAUCCUUAUUUAGGUAAUAAAAAAUAAUUUUUAGCUCAAACUUUAUCAUAAUUGGGCUAAUAUGAAAAUUCUAUUAAAAUAAUUGAAAUAUCUCUUGAAAAGAAUCCUCAGAAUAGUAUUUUGCAUUUUUAGAAGGGUUAAAUGAGGAUCUAUAUUUUUAGGUGUUAUAUUAUAAAAGUUUAAUCGUCAAGUAGAAGCUUUGGAUAGUUAUGAUAAAGCUAUUUAGAUUGAUAAAGAUAAAAGCGAAUACUAUUAGAAUAAAGGUUCAUUGUAUUUUUAUAAUAGCUAUUGUUUUACAUCUAUUAAUGCGUUAUGAGGAAGCUUUAGAAAUAUUCGACUUAGCUAUUUAAAAAAAUGGGUCAAAUUCUGGAAUCUAUUCAAAUAAAGGUUUAAAUCACCAGUUUGAUUAUUUAGCAAACACAUUAAUUUAAUUAAGUCGGUUUGAAGAAGCUCUGUAUAAUCGAAAUUAGGCUAUUCAAUAUAACCCCGAAGAUCCUUUGAAUUUCUACCAUAAAGGUUGAAAUAAGUUUAGAAUUUA